AUGAAAGUGUUUUGUUCGUUUGUAAAUAUAAAUAUUUUAUUAGUAAUUGCGAUAGUUAAAGGAGGUAAUGGUGAUAACGAUGGUAACAGUGGUGAUAAUGGAAAUUACGAAAAGGAAGAAGGUAUUUUCGUUUUAACUGAGAACAAUUUCGACAAGUUCAUCGAUAACAAUCCAACAGUACUUAUCGAAUUUUAUGCUCCAUGGUGUGGUCAUUGUAAAGCAUUAGCACCAGAAUAUGAGAAAGCAGCAAAACGAUUAUCGAUACCACUUGCGAAAGUUGAUGCGACUGUUGAAAGUGAACUUGCAUCGAGGUUCGAUGUGCAGGGUUAUCCAACACUGAAAUUUUGGCAUAACUCAAAGGAUCCAACAGAUUAUGAUGGUGAACGUGAUGCAGAUGGCAUUGUUCAAUGGAUAACGGCGAGAACGGAUCCUAAUUAUAAACCUUCUCCAGAAGAAGUCGUUGCUUUAACGAAGGAAACUUUUGACGAGUUUAUUGCCAAUAAUCCACUCGUUCUUGUCGAAUUUUAUGCUCCUUGGUGUGGCCAUUGCAAACGGCUUGCACCUGAGUAUGAAAAGGCAGCAAAAAAAUUAAAGAUGUUUGCAGGUUUAAGUGAAACUUUCAAUGUUUUUGAAUUUAAAGAAUAUAUAUUUGAGGAUAUGCAAAAGCGAAUCAUUCUAGCAAAAGUGGACGCUACUGUAGAGAAAAUUUUGGCUGACCAAUAUGAUGUAUCUGGAUUUCCUACUUUGAAAAUUUUCCGAAAUGGUAAACGAUUCGACUAUACGGGGCCAAGAGAUGUAAAUGGUAUUGUGAACUAUAUGAUCGAUCAAGAACAACCUGCAGCUAAAAAAUUGAAUACAAUCAUAGAAAUUCAACGCUUUAUGCCAAAAGAUGAUAUUGCUAUUCUAGGAUUUUUCGAUUCAGAAAGUACCAAAUUAUUGGAAGCGUUAAGCGAAGCAGUGUUCGAUUUUCCAGCUGAAAUGGCUCGAGAAGAAUUUGGGAAGAUUGGUUACACCUUGGAUGCAAAAGUAAGGGAGCAUUUUAAAGUUAGGGAGAAUGAAAUAGUCAUAUUCUAUCCUGAAAUAUUUUGGAGUAAAUUUGAACCAAAAGCAGUUGAAUAUUCAAAGAAUACCGCAUCUGCAGAAGAUUUGGUAGCUUUUUUCCGCGAUAAUUGCACUCCACUUGUUGGACAAAUGACGCGCAAAAAUAUUGCUAAUCGUUAUUCAAAGUUACCUCUUGUAGUUAUUUAUUACAAUGUCGAUUUUUCAUAUGAAUAUAUAGAAGGUACUCAGUAUUGGAGAAAUAAGAUAUUAGAUGUUGCGAAUAAUUAUAAGGAUCGGAAAUAUCGGUUUGCUAUUGCUGAUGAGGAGGAAUUUUCAAAGGAACUUGCGGAAGUAGGUCUUGGUGAUAGUGGUCUCGAACACAAUAUAAUUGUAUUUGGUGUUGACGGUAAAAAAUAUCCUAUGAAUCCUGAUGAAUUUAAUAAUGAUCUAGAAGAAAAUUUCGUCAAUUUUAUGAAGAAAAUAUCUUCAGGAAAAAUAAAAGCCUAUGUGAAAUCAGCCCCUCUCCCACAAGAUGAUAAAGGUCCGGUGAAGACGGUUGUGGCUUCUAAUUUUGAUAAAAUAGUUUUGGAUGAGACUAAAGACGUUCUUAUUGAAUUUUAUGCACCAUGGUGUGGUCACUGUAAGGCUUUCGAACCGAAAUACAAAGAAUUAGCUAUAAGGUUGAAAAAGGAACAGCCAAAUUUAAUUCUUGCGAAAUAUGAUGCGAUUGCUAAUGAUGUCCUUAAAAAUUAUGUUGUCGAGGGAUUUCCAACAAUUUAUUUCGUGCCAUCAUCAAAAAAAUCAACACCUAUAAAAUAUACUGGUAAUAGAGAUCCUGAAGAUCUAAUUAAAUUCAUGAAAGCGAAUGGUGUUGUAUCAUUCCAAGGCAAAACUGAACUUUAA